AAAGCAGAACAUGGCGCUAGUUUGUUGCAUUGUUUAGGUCAGCGGUAGACGGCCUGCAGUCUGUCCGUCAUGACAGAACAGUAGCUUCAAUCCAACCAUUUUUGUAGCAUCCGUCUGUGAGCGCGCGGCCGGACGUAACUGAAAGUAGUAGUUUUAGCUAGGAAGGCUGGUAAAGCGGGCGUAUUUGACCCUGUUACCGCGGACGGAGCUGCCUUACGUUGUGAACUGUGGUUAAAGCAGAGACUCGUAGACGUCCACCGCCGUCUGUGACGGGCAGACGUCUCCGGGGCGCUCGGUCGGUGCUGUCCUCGGUGACCUAGCAUCCUUGAUGUGUCUCCAGCUAGCAGCUGAUCGCGGACCUGCUCGCUAAUGUUGGCUAGCUUUUUAGCGUGUUCCAGAGGAGGAAGAAGAACCGGUCACCGGAGCGUCGGUGUGUGUUUCUGACCGUUAAGACCAACUAUGAUCGCACGGGGGACGCUGGCUGCAGCCCCGGGGGUGUCAUGUCUCAGUCAGGCUAACGGAGAGCUCGGGAGGAGCCUCUCCUUCAGUGCUCGCGGUUCUCCGUCCAUCCUGCCGGCCAUCAUGUAGGACAGCCCGUCCGAACCCGCUGGAUGACCGGAGACGGUGUGGAUUACUACUCGGAGGCUGACAGCUCGGUGUCAAGACAAAUGCUGAACGAUCCUCGUGGAGUUGCAAACAUCCAAACUUACUUGAAGGGUCCGUGAAUGCGUCAUGUCCUGGCUGCAUUUCUUAUUUAAAGUAUAAACUGGAUCACGAGCGGGAGCAGCCAUGAAGUAAGCCAGCGGCGACAGAGUAGCAUCACAACCCAGAGGACAUUUUCCCUCCGCAGACCCGGCGGGGAGCGGCCGACCUUCGGCCCCAUGGAGGCUGUGGGGGACUUCGAGUACAGCAGGAAGGACCUGGUGGGGCACGGGGCGUUUGCUGUGGUGUUCAAGGGGAGACACAGGAAGAAAACAGACUGGGAAGUGGCCAUUAAGAGCAUCAAUAAGAAGAACCUGACCAAAUCCCAGAUCCUUCUUGGAAAAGAAAUCAAAAUCCUCAAGGAGCUGCAGCAUGAAAACAUCGUGGGCCUUUAUGAUGUUCAGGAAACCCCCAAUUCUGUUUUCCUGGUCAUGGAGUACUGCAAUGGAGGAGAUCUGGCUGACUACCUGCAAGCUAAAGGGACGUUGAGAGAAGACACCAUGAGGGUUUUCCUGCAGCAGAUCGCGGCUGCCAUGCGCGUCCUCAAUAGCAAAGGAAUCAUCCACCGUGACCUGAAACCUCAGAACAUCCUGCUGUCCUAUUCCGCUCGCAAGAGGUCCAACGUCAGCAGCAUCCGCGUUAAAAUAGCCGACUUUGGCUUUGCUCGAUACCUCCAGAGCAACAUGAUGGCUGCCACGCUGUGUGGGUCACCCAUGUACAUGGCUCCAGAGGUCAUCAUGUCCCAGAACUAUGAUGCCAAGGCCGACCUGUGGAGCAUUGGAACCGUCAUCUAUCAGUGUCUGGUCGGCAAACCUCCAUUUCAGGCGAAUAGCCCCCAAGAUCUGAGGCUGUUUUAUGAGAAAAACAAGAACCUGCAGCCCAUAAUCCCAAGGGAGACGUCCCCACAGCUCACUGACCUUCUGCUUGGUCUGCUGCAGAGAAACCAGAAAGACAGAAUGGACUUUGACACGUUCUUCAGCCACCCGUUUCUGGAGUCCUCCUCCACCAUCAAAAAGUCGUGUCCAGUGCCGGUCCCCAGCACCUCUGCUGCUGUGACAGACAGCUCCUGUGGCAGCUCCCCAUGCAUCCGCUACAGCUCCCCCCCUUCUCUCCCAGACAUGCAGACUCUAGCUGAAGACGGUCUAUCUUCUCCUCCACUCGGUCCUCCCAACUUCCUGCAGCUUUCCAAAGAGUCUGCCGGAAGCACCAGCAGCAAGAACUCUUCCUGCGACACAGACGAUUUUGUGCUGGUGCCUCACAUCGCUGCUGACAGCUAUGAUCUACCAGUGCUGCUGGGUCGCCGGCCUUCCAACGAGUUCCUGAUGUGUGGAGGAGGGCAGCCUCAACCCCCCCAGGGGCAAACGGCCAUGGUGUCCCCACGGGCAGAGACCACCCCCAUCCCAGUUCCCACUCAGGUUCGCAACUACCAGCGCAUCAAGCAGAACCUGUCGAGCAGCCCAACCAGCACCUUGUUCAGCUCGCCGAGGUCUGGGACAGUGAGACGUUCUAACACUAGCCCCAUGGGCUUUCCUAAAGUGGGCUCUGGGUCUCCCAGUGCCGGGGACACGCCGCAGACUGUGGGCCGGCGCCUGUCCACGGGCAGCUCUCGGCCCUACUCCCCUUCUCCACUCGUGGGAACUAUCCCAGAGCAGCUGGGUCACUGCUGCUGCCAUCUGCAGAACCAGGAGCCCCGCAGCUCCUCAGGAGGUUCCCCCAUCCCACCCUCCCAGCUCCUUGGGGCUCGGCUGCAGAGUGCCCCCACCCUGACUGAGGUGUACCAAACCCGGCAGAAGCUCCACAAGCAGCUGUCGGAUCCCGUGCAGCCCUCCUCCUCCUGCAGUCACUCCCCUCAAUUUGGACGCCCAGCCAAUCUUGGCUCCUCCCCCACCAAGUUGCUGGGCACGUCCCCCCGCACUUCCGACUGGCUGCAGAAGUCCCCUCUGCCCACCAUCAUUGGGUCCCCCACCAAGCCCAUGUCAGCACCGUUCAAGAUCCCCAAAACUCAGGCCUCCUGUAACCUGAUGGCGCUGGUUGACAGUCCGGCUUCCACCAAGAUGCUGCUGGAAGCUCGAGGCCUGUGUUCCCACCACAGCAACCCGUACCUGGCUGGCCGGCCUGCAGCUCCCGAGUGCAGCAGAACCUUUGGCAGGUCUGUCAGCACAGGACGUCUGUCUGAGCAGCCAAUCAGAAUCACGCUGGGGGGCCAGCCCUCUGAGGGCAGCACGGACAGCCUGAACACUGAGAGACCCAUGGACACCGCUCCCAGCAUGCUGCUUCAGGGGGGCUCAGCUAGUCCCCGAACUGUAGUCUUCACUGUGGGGUCACCGCCCAGCAGCAGCACCCCUCCCACCUGCAGUCACCUCGGCACCCGGCCUCGCACCACCUCAGUGGGCUCCAACAGUUCGGCCGGCUCUUUGUGCUCCACCAGUGGCAGACUACACGUUGGGUCACCCCCAGGUAUGGCCAUCGGGACGUCUCCUCCCGGGAGCUUUGGUCAGUCUGCCCCAGAAGGGGCACCGAGCAGCCUGCGUUACAUCCCAUAUGGGACUUCUCCUCCCAGCCUGGAAGGGUUCAUCACCUUUGAAGCUCCGGAGCUGCCCGAGGAGACUCUGAUGGAGCGUGAGCACACGGAUACCCUGAUGUACCUCAGAAUGAUGCUUUCAUUCACGGACUGUAUCCUGGAGAUGGCAGCCCUCCGAGCCGGGGGGCCGGACCUUGGAAUAUCGGUGGCGUCCCUGUACCCUCCCCAGGACAGUGUGGUAGUGGACCAGAUCAGCCAGCUGAGUAAAGAGUGGGGGCAAGUGGAACAGCUGGUGCUCUACAUGAAGGCAGCACAGCUGCUGGCCUCCUCCCUCCAUCUGGCCAAGGCUCAGAUUAAAUCUGCCAAACUCAAUCCGUCCUCUGCUGUCAAACAGGUGGUGAAGAGUCUGAACGAGCGCUACAAGAGCUGCAUCUCCCUCUGCCGUCAGCUGACCGAUAAGCUCAACUACUUCUUUUCAGACAAGCAGCGCUUUGUGGACGAGAUCAACAGCGUGACUGCAGAGAAGCUCAUCUACAACCACGCGGUGGAAAUGGUUCAGUCAGCUGCUCUGGAUGAGAUGUUCAAGCAGACGGAGGACAUAGCGUACCGUUACAGCAAGGCUUCCAUGCUGCUGGACGGACUGUCCAAGAUCCUGCAGGACCCCACAGAUGUGGAGAACGUAAUGAAAUACAAAGCCAGUGUGGACCGCAGGAUUUCUACUCUGUGUUACUGUACUGUCACGCUGUACGAGUAGCAGGCUGCGCCCGCCCCUCCCAGCACCCCCGGGACCAUGCCUAAAGACCUCUGACCACACCUCCCUCCUGUAGCAGAUCAAGCACUUUCCCUGGUUUGGUUUCAUCAGUAUUUAUCAUGACUGCAUUCGGGACAAACUAUGAUUGAUGCACAGCCUUAGAACCAAAGAUGACGGAGAGGAGGACGUCUGAGGAGGACUGUGUGAUCUGGAUGUCAUGUCUGAGGAAAAGGAGGACUCAUUGGACUGUCAGACAGGCUCCUGAGCUCCUUGUGUGAAGAAGCCCGGCUUCUAAAAUUCUCUUGAAAAUGAACUCUGCAUUUUAUCUUCUCUUUGUAAUAUUUAUUGGUUUGGAAGAACACAGAUUUUCCCGCCUUUGGGGCGGGAACACGGCUUUGAGCCGCUCACUGAAAAGGAUGGAACUGAGACCACAGCCCAACAAGCCCCCCGGUUCUCUCAACCCCAUCGGAGAAAAGGAACCGUCUACUUCUAUUGUUUGGUUUUUAUACUUUGUGUUUUUUAGCUCAAGCACUUUAUUGUGGAAUGAUCAGAUGUCCUCUGUGUGGGUGGAUGGGUGGGUGCUGCCCCCCCACCACUCCUCACCCCCCACCCCAGCACACAUCUGCCUUUAGAGCACGACGGACAAGCCUGUGUGAAAGGCUGUGGAGUGGGCAUGUGGAGGGUCUCCGUCCGUCUGCAGGUGAAGACCCCUGCCGGUAAAAGCAGAUGUUUGAUGCUGCUGCUUGAGGCCAGCAUGGGGUGAGUGGACGGAGUGACUCUGGCGCUGUGUGAUGUCAUGGCGUCCUCCUGACCUGCAGCCGCCAUAACAACUGUCCUACAAAUCCAUAACUUUUUAUGUUUGUCAGAAUCUGUAGCUCCUUUUUAAAAAAAAAAGUUUUAAAGGUGUAAAUAUUUACAUUUGGUGCAUGUGAUGAUUUCCUUACCCUGGUUUUGGAGGGGAAGGUGUCUGUGAGUGUGAGACCAGUCCAGGGGGGUGUUGCCGUUCAGCCCCCCUCACCUGUCAAAGAGCACAAACCAUUGUAUGUAAAUAGAAGCGUUUGUAUUGAAGUUGCUCGUGUCUGCCAAGGUUUUGAAAGGAAGAACCACUGUUGGCGCAACAGGAGUGUGCCAAAGAUUUUAGCCGACGGCAGCUCCAAACCUUCAGACCCCCCACCCCCCACCCCCCCCAAGACUGUUGCUGCUGACAUCACAGCUCUGAGCAGAGAGUGAGGGAGCCAUGUCUUCAUACUCCACACGCCCUCUCCACCUCCUUCAUGUCACGUGCCGUGCUCCUGGCAGUGUUUUUCCAGAUGUGCUGGUUGGAUGUCAUUAGUGAAGAAAAGGAGGUGCCUUCUUCUGACCGGCUCCCCUGCAUCCGUGUAAAUACCUUCUUUCUCUGUACAAACAUGUUGGGCGGUCUUCCUCCUGUGAAAUGCAUUGAUUUUUGCUCCAAACAUUCGGCUUUCAGCGUCCAUCAGCCACAUGAAGUCCCCACAAGUCCGAACGUCAACAUGAAGCAUGGGUGUCCCGCCUGCUUUUAGCCCCUCAGAACUUCUACCAUGUUGAAUGUACGCCCACGGUUGUUGUCCCCUUCAGAAGACUCCGCCCCCCACCUUUCCUAUCGCCUCGAUGGUGCAUUUUCCUAGCACAGGUUUGUUUUUUUUAGAGGAGAAAUGUUGAAGUCGUGCUGGUGUCUCUUCUUUAUGGAACACUGAUACAGUCUUUGUUAUUAAAAGAGUGAAAUUUAA